AAAGAAACGUAUGAGUAAGAAAAUUAAUUUAGUGAAUCAGAUGUAAUCAGGCCUCAAUAUAAGAAACGAAUAGGCAGGUUUUAAACAUAAAUUUGGUGCUUCUAGGCAUGAAUGAUGAUAGAAGAUGUUCAUCAGAAGACUCACUUAAAAUGUUAAAGAUGAAAUACAGGUGAAACAUUCAAUGAAGACCUGUGAAGUUUGAAUUGGAGAAAGGUCCUGAAAAUUGCACUUUAUUCUGUUUUAAAAACAUGUUAUAUCUAUGUGAGUAGAUAAAAUACUCCCAUUGAUUGAAGUGCUUGCUAAGAAAAUGACAGCAUUUCCAAGGUUGAGGUCUGUAUGGGAACCUUAUAGUCCAAGUUCCUUGCUUGACAUUUGUAUAAAGUAUUGUCUUGAAAAUCAACACAUCAUAUGCUACAUAGUCUCAGAAAAUGAACCAUAUACGUGUAGUCUACGACAUGGUAUUUCCCUUCAGCUUGGGAUAUGUGAAAGAAUGUUACAUGUAUUUCGAGAAGAUAUGCAUCAAACAAUUGAUGAUACAGUUUUACAUCUUUUUAAAGAUCCUAUUAGAACGAGAUUGAGAAAGGUAGAUUUUCACGAUUCUAAAAUUACUGAUGUAGGUUUAGAAAUUGUGCUUCGUCACAAUGUAGUAGAACUAGGUAUUUCAAACUGCUCUGGCCUGACAGAAAGGUCAUUAGAAAUAAUCAAUAAUGCUGGUUCAAGUAUAUUGUCAUUGUGCAUUGGAACAAGUGUCCAAAUAUUUCACUCAAUGCUCUCAUUUCUUGAUCUAUCCUUGACUGACACCUCUGAAGAGACUGAAACACAUACAUAUAUACUGAAAACUCCUAAUCUGAGAAAACUAAUUCUCAGAGGCCUUGAAGUUCCAAAUGAGUAUAAUUUUUUUUCGACACUUUUGAAACCAUUAAAAAUGCUAACCCAUUUGGAUCUUUCUUCUUGUGUUCCUGUCAAAGACUUGAGUUAUCUUAAAAAACUUGAAUACUUAACAUCUCUUGUAUUGUAUAAUGUGCCUCAACUGGAAGAAUUUAUCACAACAUUAUGUCAGCUGAAGAAAUUAAGGCACUUAGAUAUUUCCCAGUCUGGAGAACAACACAAUUUGUAUGAUGACCCAAAUCAAAUUUUAAGAAAAAUUGUAGACAGUCUGCCAGAGUUAACAUCGUUGGACAUUUCAGGCACUAACCUGGCUGGAACAGGAGUUCAGGAAAGGUUGAGUCCUGAUGAGUCGAGCUCAGGUUUAAGUACUGUGUGUGUUCCCCUGAGUGAUAUUCCAGGAUUGAGAAAAAGGUCCAAUAAUCCUUUGGAGUUUUUAGGACUUUUUGGAACACUUCAUGAAGCUUGUUUUCGACACCAUAUUCCGGCUAAGAGAAUUUCAGGAGAUGCUAAUGAAGAACAGAUACUAACAGCUGCUCAAGUAUACUAUGACAGACCCGAGUAUCUACAAAAAGUCUUGAAUGAUCUUUUCAAUAUAUUUCGUUAUGGUUCUUGUAGUAAUCCAAGACUAGCUUUGGAUGUAGUAUUGAUUGCUAUGAAGAGAUAUAUAAGUGAAAAAUCUAUCCAAAUUGCUGGAAGUGCAUCACUCUUUUACAUUGUCAAGGGAGAAGAAAAACCAAAUUUCAGCAUUAACAUUAAAAGGAAUAUUGUGAGAACGUUAUUAGAUGCAAUGUGUAAACACAGAAGUGAUAAAACUAUGCUAAGGAAUAGCUGUUUGACUCUCAUUCAUUUUACAUUUCCUCAAGAUGUGAUAUUUGAAUAUGAAAGACUUGUAGAUAUCUUGCUUUACAUUGUGUCCCAAGAUGAUCGGGAUGAAUUUGUUCAGCAAGUUAGCAUCUAUUUGUUAAACAGUCUUGCCUGUCAAGUAGAUGGCGACCAGAAGAGAUUAGUUGGAGAUCGAGGAGCAAUUCAGAUAAUGCUACAAAUAAUUGAAAAUCGACUGAAUAGAGUGGUCUGUGAUGAGGUCUUAGAAACGGCUUGGAGCACCAUGUGGAAUAUUACAGAUGAAACACCUGUCAACUGUGAAAGAUUUUUGGAUGGUAGAGGAAUGGAACUGUUCUUAAAGUGUUUACAGACAUUUCCACUCAAGGCUGAACUGCUUCGUAAUAUGAUGGGGUUAUUGGGAAAUGUGGCAGAAGUAAAGUCUUUACGGCCAAGACUAAUGACAGAAGAAUACCUCCAGGUAUUCAGUACAUUACUAGAUAGUAAAAGUGAUGGUAUUGAAGUCAGCUACAAUGCCGCAGGGAUACUUUCCCAUAUUGCUUCUGAUGGGGUAGAAGCCUGGAAUGAGUCGUCUAUAACCAUACUUCAACGAGAGGAUGUUUUGAAAGCAAUGAUUAAGGCCAUUGAAAGAUGGGACUUAAGUAGCACACGUAGAAUAAAUUAUAGAUCAUUUGAACCCAUUCUACGUUUAUUACACAUUGACCAUACUCCAGAAGCUCAACAUUGGGCUGUUUGGGCUCUUGCAAACUUAACAAAAGUGUAUCCUGAAAAAUACUGCUUGUUGCUUAAGAGCGAAGGUGGCAUUGAAUUGUUGGAAAAAUUACUUCAUAAACCUGGUGUCUACCUUCGAAUAAAGGAACUUGCACGUAUGGUUAUACAACAGUGUAGAAGUUUUAAAGAGAGUGGCCAAAUAGAAGAAAUCAGUGAAGAAGAAAGCUGAUGUGUAAGAACUAGGUUUGUUUUAGUGAUGUACACGGAGAAAAAUAACUCUUGGGACUUAAUAAAUAACAUUAAAUAGUAGUCUAAGUGUACUGGGUUUGAUUGCUGCUAAACUUGUACCAGUGGGUUUAUUCAUGCAUAUGGUUUAAUAUUUGAAGUGUUAAAAAUUCUUGCAGAUGUGUACAUUUCUUUUUGUAUAGUGCUUUUUACAUGUGCUUGAAGUUCUUUAGAUUUAUUAGAUGUACAGGCUACCAUUUUAUGUCUUGUAUUGGUGUUAGAUAUCUGUUAUGUUUUUAUCUGUUACAGUUUGUAAAUGCUGAGGAGUGAUAUAAUGUUUUCCAUAUUUUCAGAACUGCAACCUGGUUAGCUGUAUCUUAUUUAGAUAACUUUUUCCUAUAUGUAUUAAUUGUUUAUGCCUUUUUUUUUCUCACAUUAUACUUGAAUCCAGAAAGAUUUUUGUGUCAGUAAAAGUCACUUUCAAAAGCUUGUGUGUCAUGGAAUGUUAGAAGUAUAUGUGCUUUAGAUGUACUGUAUGACAAGAAAACUUAAAUUAUAUAUAUAUAUAUAGUGCAUUUCAUUGCAGCUUGAAGUGAAAUGAUUAUAAAAGUACCCAGCUAUGUUACUGCUAAAUAUUUUACAAGAUGCAAUAACUGAUGAACUUGGAAUCUAUGUUCUGCUGGCUAUGUUGCAAGAAUCAAAACAACUAAUUCACACAAAACAUGUUAUAACUGGAACUGGCAAAUGAAUAGGGUUACUUGGAUACUGCCUGUAACUUGAACAUUAUUUAACAUUUUUUGGGUGUUUUAUCUGUUGUAAUGGGAUCUUACUCAAUGUUAAAGUACUUGGACACAAAGUAAAAGUACUUACAUUACUUGGUAUGUUCUGGAGUUUUUUGUUAAAUGAUCUGUGCAAGUGGGUUACUAAAUUAAUAUUCCUUAAAACAAUUUACUGAAGAAAGUACGGUUUGUUUUCCUUCUACGAUAAUGUUAAUGUUGCUAUAACUUUCCUUUUAAACAGUCAUUGUUUUCUUUUCUUUUCCUCAACAAAUAAAUUCUGAAUACAUGCAAAUGUUUUUGUAUUUGCAUUACUGCAUUUUGUUUUGGAGUUUUUUGUACAAGAUAUAUGAAAAUGAUUUACUACGUUAAUAUUGUAUUUAAACAAACAGUCGUUUACCUCUAAGUUACAGAAAAACAUUA